AUGGACCUCAUCCCAGCCCAUCGGCCGCACGAGUUGCAGGUCAUCCUCCGAACCCGCGACCAUGCCGCCCUCUACGACCCCUCGUCCAACUCGCUGUCCAUGCAGUCGAGACUCCCUCUUUCCAGCACUUAUUCGCAGAGCUCGGCGUUGGCGCGUGUACGCCAAGGCAGCGCCGGACAGCAGGCCAUCCCCUUCUACCCUCCCUCGACCGCUCAUCCAGCCUUGUCCGACGGUGCGGAAAGCGACAACGACGAUGGCGCAGCUCCCAUCGUUCCUCAGUCAGUGCUCUGUCCAGCCUGCCUGCGGCCGCUGCCCACCAGUCCCCCCAUCGAGGAUGCUGGACAUGCAGAUCGGUUCGACAGGGACACGCCGGCCUACAUUGCACCCAACUACUUCCGCCUCCUAGCUCAGGCCUCGUCGGUCCCGGGCAACGGCACCGAUACCCGCCCUCCGUCACCCCCACUGGGCCACCGCCGGUUUGUCGACAGCGGAGACAGCUCGCGCUGCGCAACGCCCGAAAUCGACGCGGGCUACACAUCGCCCCGGGGCUCUGGCGCCUCAGCCUCGGGCUCUCAGCCGCUGGGUCCUGGCACAGAGGCCGACGGCUACUAUGCGAGGUUCUUUGUCGAGAUCAAGAAGCUGGGAAGGGGAGCUCGAGGCACCGUCUUCCUCUGCCAGCACGUCCUCAACGGCAACAAGCUCGGCCGGUACGCCAUCAAAAAGAUCCCCGUAGGCGACCACGCCGAGAGUUUGCUCAAGUCUCUCAACGAGGUCCACCUCAUGGAGUCACUGCACCACCCGCACCUCAUCCACUACCAGCACGCAUGGAUCGAGAGCUGCCAGGUCAGCGCUUUUGCGCCCCGCGUGCCGACGCUUCACGUCCUCAUGAUGGCGGCCAACGGCGGCAGUCUCGCCGACUGGGUCUCGGCGAGAUCCGGUGAAGCUGCCAACGCGUCUCCGCGUCCGAGCAAUGCCAACAGCCCGGCUGCGUCCGGAAGGGGGGCUACCGCCGGCGGAGAGAGCAGCAACCGAUCCUCUGCCCAGCCGAGUCGUGCGAGGCUUGAGAAGCUGAAGGCGGCGGUCCGACAGCGUCGAGCUCAGAGGGAGGCGGCACAGGUGGGCGGCGAUCAGAGGAGUGCGGCGGCCAUUGGUGCGAAUACGGUGCUUCCAGCGUCCUUUGCGAGCGGCGUUGAUUCCGGUGUUGGCGUCCACCUGCUUCGAGACGACGAGAUCUACAGCCUGAUGCACGACAUGACGAGCGGCCUGGGCUUUCUGCACGAUCGCGGCAUCCUCCACCUCGACAUCAAGCCGGGCAACGUGCUGCUGCACUGGGACGAUGACGCGCUCAUCCCGCGGGCGAUGCUGAGCGACUUUGGAUCCAGCAUGCUGCUCCACGACAACUGGACGCGGCAGCGCUCUGGUCACACGGGGACGAUGGAGUACAUGUCGCCAGAGACGCUCACGACGGAUCCUUCGACGGGCAAGCUGAGCGAGCUUUCCAGCAAGGCCGACAUCUGGUCACUUGGCAUGAUCUUGCACCUGCUGCUCUUCUUCCACCUGCCUUACUCGCAGGUAGAUGACGUCGACCGCCUGCGCGACGAGAUGCUAGCCUACCGCGGCUUCAACCGCGCUUCCAUGAGCUCGCAGGGUACAGCGCUGCGGCGGCAACGCCCUGCCAAGCUAAUCAGGCUCCUCGAAAGGUUGCUCAAUCUGGAUCCGGCCAAGCGGCCAAACUGCCACGAGAUCUUGCAGAUCCUGGCGUCGGGCCCAGAGCCUGCCGACGAGGACGCAGCGGCGGAAUUGCUUGCGCUGUACCGUCGUCGAUCGCCCUUUGAGGAGUGGUCGCCGUCAAGCCCGACCGAGAGCGGAGGGGACAGGGUCGGCGCGCCUGCGGCGCCCGUGUCGCGCUUGCCACGACGACUCAGUCUGGGGCCGGGGCCCGAGGGAGUGAGCAGCCGGUCGGGCUCCGGCUUGAUGCUGCGCCGCAUCCGACAGAGGGGCGCUCAGUCGCAGCUCGGCGACGCCAUCGCCGAUGCCAUCUGGAUCGCCACGGGCAUCGAGCUGGAUCCCAUCUUCGUCCGGAUCUUGCUCGCUGUCGUCCUCUGCGUCGGAAAGUGCCUGAGCCUCGACCUCGUCUGCUUCCGCCACGGGGAGCGUGCAGCGGUAGCCACGUGGUACCCCGUCUUCACCCUGGCGCUGAGCGAUGUCGCCGUAUCGGCGAUAUCGAAACCGUACUCGCUCGACCUGGCCAUUACCUCGACGCUGCUCUCGCUCCACAUCGCCCUGCUCCUCUCCGCCCGCUCGGUUCUCUGCGUCACCGUCUAA